AAGAAGAAGAAGAAGAUAUUCCCUCCACGCACCACGUGACGUCCUUUCCUGUGAAAUCUCACAACAUGGACGCCAGCCGCGUGCAGCCGAUCAAGCUUGCCAGAGUCACCAAGGUGCUGGGUCGAACCGGUUCCCAGGGGCAGUGCACACAGGUGCGUGUGGAGUUCAUGGACGACAGUAACCGGUCCAUCAUCAGAAAUGUGAAGGGUCCGGUCAGAGAAGGAGAUGUUCUGACUCUUCUGGAGUCUGAGAGAGAAGCCAGGAGGCUGCGUUGAGGUCUUGUCAAACUGGAUCAGAUGGAUCUGAGGAGCAGUUUCAUGUUGAGGACAUCAGUCAGAUGAUUUGAAAUAAAUUUGUUUUCAAAUGA